AUGCAUGCACUUCACUUCUCAUCAGGCCCCUCGUCGAGUUGGCCACGCAUAUUAUGCAUCGCCAUCCCCGACGAAGACAGAUACGGCAGCGACAACGACGACAAGGAUGAAGACGAAGAUGACGACAACAACAAUAUCAACAGCCACGCCAUCCAACUCAACAUUCCACUGGUUCUUCCUCCGCCCGUUGACCGCCAGCUGCUGUCCCUCUGCUUCCACUCGUCUUGGCGCACCCGUUCCCAGCUACGCUUUCACUUUCGCAACGUCAACGAGGUCCUACUUGACCACGACGAAGGCUCCGACACAAACCAGGAUCCUGAGUCCGAGCCCGAUCCCGAACACCGCGAUACUCGCCUGACCAUCGUCACUUAUGACCCCAUCGUCGCCUUAUCGCCGUCUAUCACCACCACUAGUAACAUCAUAUCCCGCCGUCUACUCCUCGCCUCCUCUGCCGCCGUUCUUUUUCCUAACAUAACGCUCCCCGCCGUCGAGAAUGAGUUUUUUGAACUCUACCUUUCUAAUCCAGCCGACAUCGACCCCUCUUUAUGCCUCAAAGUCGUGAACCUGCUCGACGAUGCAAACGAACACCUGGCGCGCCUACUUGUCCGCCUCAACGCGCCAUACAUGGGGAACACCGUCUACACGUUACGGUACGACCUUAUCCUUAUGCGAUGGAGCAUCGACCAGCAGAGGCAGCGGCAGGAGCGGCAGCAGCAACAGCAGCAACCUUUCGAUGCUGACAAGGACGUGGCGGGCGCGUGGAACAGGACGGCCGAGCGUAUCUUUGACGCCGUCACCUCGCAGGUGCCGAGUUGGUAG